AUGUUGGAAUCUCGCUCAGCCAUUGCCUGCAGAGAUACUUGGCAAGGGAAAUUAAAUGUGAUACGACCGCCACCCCACCAUAUGGCAGCGAUGAGACCUCACGGUAAAUCAAGCCAAGAGGAUGGGUAUUAUGUGGUGGCCAAGUAUGAUUACGCUGCUCAAGGGCCACAGGAGCUCGACUUGAGAAAGAAUGAGCGAUAUUUGCUUCUUGAUGACUCAAAGCAUUGGUGGAGGGUGCAGAAUUCGAGGAAUCACGCAGGCUACGUACCCAGUAAUUACGUCAAGAAAGAAAAGCAUUCUCUCAUUGACAGUAUAAAAAGGAAAGUUAAGAAAAGCAGCAGCUCUAGUGGGUCCAAGACCUUACCAACCAGUAAUACUGGAAGAGGUGCUGUCGAUUCACCAACAAUGUCUCGCAGACUUCCUGCGGACCCGUCAGAUGCCAUCGGAAUGGCUGUAGUCAAGUAUAAUUACCAGGCCCAACAGCCUGAUGAACUUUCUCUAGUCAAAGGAACUCGGAUAUUGAUACUUGAAAAAAGUAAUGAUGGAUGGUGGAGGGGACAGAGUGGAUCUGCACAGGGAUGGUUCCCUUCGAACUAUACCCAGGAAGAGAUUGACCAUGAUGAUGCACUUCAUACGUACGCAAUGGCAGAGAAUGUGUUGGACAUCGUUGUUGCCCUAUAUUCCUUCUCUUCCACAUCUGAACAAGAGCUCUCUUUUGACAAAGGAGACAGGCUAGAGGUCAUCGACAGGCCGCAGUCUGAUCCUGAAUGGUACAGAGCCCGCAACAGUCAUGGCCAAACAGGCCUCAUUCCAAGGAACUAUGUUCAAGAAUUGAGUGAGUAUUUGACACAACCAUUAAGAGAUGGUUCGAGCAACAUCUCCGCUGAAAGGCCUCACCUUGUUGGCAAGGAAUGGUACUAUGGUUCCAUCACACGGGCCCAAUGCGAUGCUAUCCUCAACCAAAGUGGAAAUGAUGGAGAUUUCCUAAUAAGGGAUUCAGAAACAAAUAUGGGUGACUACUCAGUAUCGCUGAAAGCACCAGGUCGCAAUAAGCAUUUUAGGGUGCACGUGGACGGUGCACUCUACUGCAUUGGACAGAGGAAGUUCCAUACUCUAGAUCAGCUAGUUGACCAUUAUCAGAGGGCGCCCAUCUAUACGAACAAACAGGGCGAAAAGCUAUACUUGGUGCGACCGCUACCCAGAGCCAACAAUAACUGA